UCAUCACCUGAACGGCGAAUGCCUCACGAGAAUCAGACUCACGUGAGGGCCUCCUUCUCGGGAUACCCCUCUUCCAUGCAAUACCCGGAGGACCCGUACGGCAUAUACGGCAUGAGGUCGGGUGCGGCCACUCCUGUCAUCGACGAAGAGGCCAGAGUUCGGAUGCAACAGAUGGAGAGACAGAUCGUCAGUCUGACUAAUGUUGUGACCAAAGCCCUCACACCCGCUCACAACAACUCUGCCAUCAAAUCCGACAAGACUGGAAAGCCGGCGCCGCCCCCAAAGCCAGCGGCACUGGUGGGCUAUAGGGGCGAACUGCCACUCAAUCUGACAACUGAUAUGUUGUCGCAAUUAAAGCAAAUCCGCAAAAAGACGAAAGACUUGCGCGGAGAGGUUCGCUCAUUGAGACGACUGGCCCUCCAGCAGACCAACAACGCGAGGGAGACUCUGCGCGAGGCGUGCAAUAAGAUUAAGACAACUUUGGCGUUCAUCUCCGGCUCAGCCGACUGUCAGUUCCGAUUGGAAAGGAUGCGAACAUCGCAGGAAAGGGACAGUUAUGGCCACGACGUGCAUCGACUCGACAAAGACCUCCACGAACUCGAGACACAAGUGGAAGAGUUGAGGUCUAAUGUGAUAAACAGGAGGUGUCGCGUGAAUAUGUCUCACGUCGAGACCAUGGCGUUAGUGCUGUCGCGCGCCUCCAAGACUGUCGCCGAUCUCAAGAACAGGUUUCCGCCGCUAAACCAAUCGUUGAAGUCUGUUAUGAGUCAAGAAAUGGAGUGUUGUGUCAGAGAAGAGAAAUUCCUGAAGGAAGAGCCCGACCGGUUAGAGACAGCGCUCAAGAGGUGUAAAAAACUCACCGGAACUCUGGUUACACUCAAAAGAUUGGCGUCAGUACAGGAGCAGAGGUCGACUACAAACCAGUCCCCAUCACAACUCCUACAGUCGGCGUCAACCGACAGCACAGACCUCGGCUCAAGAAUGUAUGAGUCGGAUAUGGAGCCGCAUACCAUCAUUCAGGUGACUCCGGCCACACCUCUGCCCAGCGAUGCCUCCAAAACCAAUGUGUUGGACACACUUCUCGACGAAUUGCAGACAUUCUCGAAGCCGUCGCCCCCCUCGACGGCCAACAACUCGACAAUCGGUGGCCAGACGUCGACCGCCAGAAAACUGCUCCAAUCGAUCGGUUCCAUGGAUUCAUCGGUUGGCAAAAAAGGUCCACUCGUGUCGACAAUCCCCGCACCGCCGCCUCGUUCGUCAUCUCUCCGGCCGCCGACCUCUGCAAUCAGGUCUAACUCAGAGCCCUCAGCUAAUAGACCCCGAUCUACACCCCCGGAAGUGUAUGCGUCCACUCAUAGCCACGUCUAG